AUGCAGGAUGAAUCCUUAACAAUAGCCUGUGCUACCGGCCUCGCUGUUAUCGGUCUUGUCUCUGUGCCAGCGAUUUCCACUUUUAUCUCGCAGCUUACGACGCGCAAGCUCAAGCAGGAUGGUUAUGAGGACAAAGAUGGCAAGGCAACACCGGAGUCCGUGAAGGCCUACUCGGCAAAGUGGCCAAAAACUUUGAUCGUGCUCUUCGCCUUUUUGGCGAGCGGCACAUCAAUCGCCUCUGCGAUAUGGACAACCAUCUACGCCAGGAAGCAUGGCCCGCUUCUUGAGAAUUGGUUGAGCGCAGGCGCCUUGAUCCUGAUUCUGUUCCAGGCGAUUGCCAUUGCUUCGUGCAGGAAAUCUUCGGUCAAGUCCUACAGCCUCGGCCUUUACUCAUUUCUGUCUUCCUUGAUCCUGGCCGUCAUCUUGCUCGCCCAGGGCACAGGUGAAUUCGAGUUUCUGUUGCGCCACGAACCUGUGCAGUUUGCGCUGCGGAUCGUGGAGAUCGCCUCGGUCAUCUUUCUAGGAGUCGCUAGUCUGUGCAUCCCGCGGCGACCAGAAGUGUACGACAACAAUGGCAAGCCAAUCGAUGCAAUGUACACGGCGUCUGCCCUCAGCCGCUUCACCUGGGGCUGGCCAUUGCAUCUCCUCAAGGCAGCCGGCGAGCGGGGACAGCUUGACAUGGACGACCUUCCACGCCUAAAUCAAUACGGUCGGUCCGCCGAGUUGUCGGCUGACUGGAAGAGGCGUGCACCAGACAGAUCCCUUUGGCUGACAGCUGUCUGGCUUCAUAAAGGAAGCCUGGUCAAACAGUGGGUUCUCACCUUGGUGACGGCCUUUUUGAACUUUGGUCCUCAGUGGGUCAUCUUGCAGCUUCUCCGCAUCCUAGAGACAUCUGACCAACGCGACAAUUACGCAUUGGAUGUCUGGAUAUGGGUAAUCUGGCUCGGGAUCGUCAUCAUCGCUCAGAACUGGGUCGAGGCCCAUGUCUUCUGGGUCUCUGUCACCGAACUAUCAAUUCCCAUUCGAUCCCAGUUAUCGGCCCUGAUCUUCGAGAAGAGCAUGCGCAAGAAGGAUGUCAAGGGCACCGGGAGGAAUUCGAACUCCAAAAAAGCUGCGCAGGAGAACGAAUCUGCCGAGCCUGAAGAUGAGUCCGAGGCCCUCAAAAAGAGUAAACAGGGCACGGUCAACCUCAUCGGGGUCGAUACAAAGCGGGUCUCUGAUUUUGCAAUGUUCCAGAACAUGUUUCCCGGCAGUCUGGCAAAGCUCAUCGUCUCGCUGGCCUUUCUGGUGUCUCUUCUGGGGUGGCAGGCACUCCUCGCGGGCUUCUCUACGAUGCUUGCGAUCAUGCCCGUCAACAUCUGGGCCUCAAAACGGUACGCAAAGGCCCAGGACAAGUUGAUGAAGGUCCGCGACGACAAGCUUGCGGUUGUCAAUGAGGCCCUCCAAGGGAUCCGUCAGAUCAAGUUCUCGGCAUCCGAGCCACAAUGGCAACAGAAGAUCGACGACGUGCGAGAGGAGGAGCUGAAAAAUGUGUGGGAUGUCUUCAUGAGCGACACCGUCCUUUUGGCCUGCUGGGUCACCACCCCGAUCGCCCUGGCCGCAGUCUCCCUGACAGUGUAUGCUGCUUUGUACGGAGCUCUCCUACCGUCUGUCGCCUUCGUCAGCCUGGGCGUUUUCCGAGCCCUCGAAGUGACUUUGUCCGUCAUUCCAGAAUUGACUACCGAUGCCUUGGACGCCUGGACCUCCAUCAAGCGCAUCGAGAAGUACCUACAGUCCCCUGAGAUCGAGAACCUCGCUGCCGAAUCUGACGAGGUCACUUUCGACAAUGCCUCGAUCGCUUGGCCGGCCGACGAGCAGCUGGACGAUGAGGAGAGGUUCGUCCUGAGGGAUGUCACUGUGACAUUCCCCAAAGGCGAGCUGUCCGUCAUCUCUGGCAAGACCGGUGCGGGAAAGUCUCUAAUGCUUGCAGCUAUCCUCGGAGAGGUAGAUAUCCUGUCCGGAAAGAUCGCCAUGCCUAGACAGCCUGCUUUCGGAGAUCGGAAAGAUAGCAAGGCCACCAGGGAUAAUUGGAUUAUUCCCGAAUGCGUUGCGUACGUCGCCCAGAUCCCGUGGAUAGAAAAUGCCAGCAUUCGCGACAACAUCGAGUUCGGCCUGCCCCACGAUCAGGAGCGCUACGAAAAGACCAUCGAGGUCUGUGCGCUUCGCAAGGAUUUGGAAAUGCUCUCGGAUGGCGAAAAGACGGAAAUCGGCGCCAAUGGGAUCAAUCUUAGCGGUGGGCAGAAAUGGCGAGUCACUCUUGCGCGGGCCAUCUAUUCCAGAGCGGGUAUUCUAGUCUUUGACGAUAUCUUCUCGGCAGUCGAUGCGCACGUCGGCCGCCACAUCUUUGAGAAUUGUCUUACCGGCGACCUCGCAGUCGGGAGGACCAGGAUUCUAGUCACCCACCACGUCGCUCUGUGCCAGCCCAAGACGAAGUAUCUCGUCGAGCUGGGCGACGGCAAGGUCCUGCACGCAGGCUUACUCUCGGAAUUGCAGCAUGACGGGACGCUCGAGCUCAUCAAGAGUCAUGAGCAGACCUCGAUGGAAAUUAGGGAAGAUGAAAACUUGACCGCCGUCAACUCGCACGAGGCUUCGGACGAGGAGGCGGAUGAGACUCGCGCCGACGGCGAUACACUCAAAAAGGUCCUCUCGAAACAGCAGGAUGCGAGAAAGUUUGUCGAAGAUGAGAAGCGUGAGCAGGGGGCCAUCAAAACGCACGUCUACAGUGUCUAUCUCCGGGAUUCUGGCGGUUUCUUCUUCUGGGCUGGCCUGAUCGGUGUUUAUUGCGUAGUCCAGGCAAUCCAGCUCGGCCGCUCCUGGUGGUUACGCAUCUGGACUGGGCAUGACGUCGCCCGCGAGGAGAGCCUCAGCUACGCCAUGUCUCUGCAAUCAGUCGACUUCUACCCACCCACCCAGACCUCGCUCGCCGGCACCGCCUCAAAUGCCGACCAGCACUCGCUCGGCUUUUACAUGAGUGUCUACGUCGCGCUCGCCUUGGCUGCUGCCCUGAUCGGCACCUUCAAGUAUUGGUUCACCUAUCUCGGCUCCGUCCGCGCGUCUCGUCGGCUCUUUGCGAAGUUGAACUUUGUCAUCCUGCGAGCUCCUCUACGGUGGUUGGACACUGUGCCUGUGGGCCGCAUCCUCAACCGCUUCACGGCCGACUUUCACAUUAUCGACUCCCAACUGGCUAACUCGUUCGCCUUUGGGACUGGCUCCUUUCUCCAGCUGAUGGGCAUCAUUGUAGCCAGCUUGUUCGUCUCGCCUUACCUCGUCCUGCUCGCAGUGAUCCUGUUGGUCUUCGCCCUACGCUUUGCGAUCCUGUAUCUCCACGGUGCACGGCCUGUCAAGCGUCUCGAGAGCACCGCCAAGAGCCCCGUAUUUGAACAGUUUGGGUCCGCCCUGACAGGCGUGGCUACCAUUCGAGGUUUUGACAAGACAAACACGUACGUAGACAGGAUGUUUGCCAAGAUCGACGACUACGGAACAGCAAGCUGGCAUCUGUGGCUGUUUAACCGGUGGAUGGGCUGGCGGAUGGCCCUUGUGGGUAGCAUGUUCGCCAUCAUUGUGUCCAUCCUGGUCCUUUUGACGCCAGGUAUCAAUGCGGCGUUGGCGGGCUUCGCGCUGGCUUUCGCGCUGGAGUUUGCAAAUGCUGUCACCUUCACCGUCCGGUUGUAUGCGAAUCUGGAGCUGAACAUGAAUGCAGCGGAGCGAAUUGUUGAGUUUACCGAGCUGGAGCACGAGACCCUUGAGGGCACGACUCCGCCUGCCGCCUGGCCUACCGAGGGCAUCAUCGAGGUCAACGACCUGGUUGUCGGCUACGCACCGGACCUCCCCCCCGUGCUGAAGGGUCUCACCUUCAGCGUAAACCGUAACGAGCGCAUCGGCGUGGUAGGGCGGACGGGCGCGGGCAAGUCCUCGCUGACUCUCGCGCUCUUCCGCUUUCUCGAGGCGCGCUCCGGCACGAUCCACAUCGACGGUCUGGACACUGCCAAGAUCAAGCUGCAUGAUCUGCGCUCGCGCCUAGCCAUCAUCCCUCAGGACCCGGUUCUCUUCACCGGCACCGUCCGUUCCAACCUUGAUCCUUUCGACAGGCACACUGACGCUGAGCUGCGUGACUCCCUCGAGCGCGUGCACCUGAUUCGUGGCACCGGUGGCACCGUCACUCCAUUGCCUCCCUCGUCCGCCAAUCCGGAGGCCGACGCAGUAGCAGGCAACGCCAACAUCUUCAACGACCUCUUGUCCCCCAUCUCCGAGGGCGGGCUGAACCUGUCCCAGGGCCAGCGGCAGCUCCUCUGCCUGGCGCGAGCCAUCGUCGCCCGCCCCCGCGUGAUGGUCCUUGACGAGGCCACCAGCGCCGUCGACAUGGCCACCGACGCCCUGAUCCAGCGAUCUAUCCGCGAGGAAUUCACCGACGCCACGCUGCUCGUCAUUGCGCACCGUCUGAGCACCAUUGCCGACUUCGACAGGAUCCUGGUGCUGAGCGAUGGCAAGGUCGCCGAGUACGGCCGGCCGAGGGAGCUGUGGGAGAAGGAUGGGGGUACUGGGAUCUUUAGGGGCAUGUGUGAGGAGAGUGGCGAGCGGGACAGGCUGCGGAAUAUUGUGUUUGGGCAGUGAGCUGUUGAAAGCAUUUCAUCUGAUAUAAACGACAGACAUCCGGGCUCGGGUGGUGGGACAUCGCAUCAGGGACCCGAGAGGAAACGGGCUCGUUUCAAUAUGCAAACGUGACUAUUGGGAAAGGCAGGGCGGGAGGGCGCAUCUAAAACGGGUUUGCCAUUUAUUUAUUCAUCGACAAAUGCAUUGGCUUUUGACAAGAAAGGCAUCAUAUCACCAUAUCACCAUUGUAUACAAUAUUUGAGUGACUUUAGUUCCUUGAUUGG